AUGGCGAAGAAAGGCAAGAAGAAGAAGGCGGACGACGACGGCGACGGCGACGAGAACGAGCCCAAGGAGCUCCCGUGCCCGCCGCACAUGACCCCGGAGUACUUCAAGCAGUCGAUGGACCUCGCGGUGCUGUGCGAGGUGGGCGGACGCGCGAACGCCAAGCCCCCCGUGCCGAUGCCGCGCGCCGCCGCGCUCGGGCACCUGUGGAGCCACUGCCUGACGAAAGACUCCCCGGUCGGGACGAAGCAGUCCAUCAUGGACGCGGGAGCGCUCCUCGCCGGCGUCGCGGCCGCGAAGCAGAGCGAGGACGCCGCCGCGCAGGGCGCGGGGAUGGGACUCGUGUAUUGCUUCGCGCAGGCGCGUUCUCCUUCACACUGGUUCCCAUACGACCGCGUCGGCGUCGAAGACGCGGUGAUCGUUCUCGCAAAGUGCGUCGCGCACGGGUACGGCGACAACGCGAAGAAGAACGGGCCGGACGCGGUGAAGCUGGACGUGUUCAAGCGCUCGCAGGCGCUGGAGUACUGCGUCGAUCACGCGACGGACAGGCGCGACGACGGCGCGAAUAUGAAUUUACGAGAAGCCGCGUCCGCGGUGGUGCGGGAGAUGUCCGAGCUCGACGAGGUCAAGGACGCCAUCUCCACGAGGGAGAUCAUAAGAGGUCUCGUGCGCGUGAUGUGGGAGGAGAAAGAGACCGCGACGCUGCAGUGCCGCGCGAACGCGUGCGCGACCAUCUUCAACGUGUGCACGCAGUCGCGGCGAAAGUACGAGGAGGAGAUGCGCGCGCACGAGGAAAAGAAUAACCCCGCCGCCGCCGCCGCGAGGGCGAUGGCGGGCGCGAGCUUGGACGACGACGACGACGACGACGACGACGACAGAGGCAGCGACGGCGGCGGGGGCAGCGACGCGGGAGCUCCUGGCGAGCGAGCCAAAGCGGGCGGCGCGGGCGAGGACCCUGGGGCGGACGCGGCGGCGGCGGCGGCGAGUCCGCUCAAGACCAUCGCCGCGCCCGCGAAGCUCGACGCGCUCGCCCUGCCGACGAUGAACUCGCGCGCGGAGUCGUCCGUGCUGACGCACAACCUGGGCGAGAGCCUGAACGUGUCCGUCGCGAUGAUGGUGACGCCGAGCGAAGAAGAGAUGCGUCGCAUGGAGAUGGUGAUCGACGAGGGGGGCAUUCAUCCGCUGGUGAUGUUGUGCGCGGGAGCCGCGGGGCUACCGGAGGGGUUCGUCCGCGAGGAGCCGCCCGAGGACCCGGUCCCGGAGGAGGCGGAGCCGACCCCGGAGAAGCCGAAGAAGAAGAAGAAGAAGCUCGCGGACGACGGCGACGGGUUGGUAGAGGAGGAGGAGGAGGACGACGAAGAACAGGGUUCCGGCGACGACGACGACGACGGCGACGGCGACGGCGGGGAAGGGUCCGGCGGCGAGGGCGAAGGCGGCGACGACGGCGAAGGCGGCGGCGACGACGACGGCGAGGGUGGCGACGACGACGGCGAAGGAGGCGACGACGCGGGAGAGACCGAAGACGCGGGCGCGACCGAGGCGGAGGCGGAGGACGACGCCGGCGGCGGCAAGAAGAAGAAGAAGGGAAAGAAAAAAGGCGGCAAAAAGAAGGGCGGCAAGAAGGGAGGAAAGAAGAAAAAAGCCGCGCCGAAGAAACCCACGCUGACGCCCGCGAUGAUCGAGGCGCGAUCCUUCGCCGCCGGGGUCCUGCGACGGAUGACGACGCGCGGCGACUGGGCCGCGCGCAUCGCGUCGUCCCACGGCGCGUUGACGUUGCUCCUUCCGCUGUUGGAGACGAAAGAUUCGCAGACGCGGUGGCACGCGCAGGCGGCGCUGUGGAACAUCUCGGGGGACACCGCGAACGUGGAGGCGCUCGCGCAGCACGACGCGCCGUCGUACCUCACGAAGAUUGGGCUGAAGAAGCUCGGGAAGGAGAACCAACGACCGGGCGGGGGCGAGGGGAGCGAGGACGGCGAGGGGAGCGAGGGCGGCGGCGGAGGCGGAGAGGAAGCCGACGCCGACGCCGCGGAGGCGUGA